AUCGAGCUACCUCGAACAACCGUGCGCCCAUUCUCACACCUGAUUCUCAACAAUUUUUACGUGUUGUUCCAUCCUUUCUUUUAAGAAUUUACUAUUCCAUGUUCAGUGUAAUUUUAGAAAUGAUUUUCUAUAUACUGGUAAAAUAAUUUGAGUUCUGUUAUGAUUUAGUUUUAGUAAAAUAAGAGAUAGUUGCCGUUUGCGUUUUAAUACAAGAAUUAAGUAGCAAGCAGCAGUGUUAAAGUGACAUUUGUUUUAUUCGAAAAUAUUUAUUUUUCAAGGGCUAGAUACAAUGACGUGUAAAUUGACAAAAAAAAAUUUGAUCGGCUGUUUUUUAGCGUGAGAACUAUUAUCAGAUAGGUGCGAAAAAAAUCACGAUUUGAAAAAGUAAACAAUUACAAAAAAGUGUUUACGACGGUAUCGAAGACAUUCAAGUGCUAAAGACAAUUGCAUUGAAUUUAACGCGCAAAGAAAUUUGGGAGAGAGAGAGAAAAGAAAAGGAAAUAUCUUGGCACUUAAUUAGAGUGAGGUAGGUCGAAAUGCAGUCAAUUGACGUCUACAAUACCAGAGCCUAAAUAUCCUUGGGAAGAUGACGUGAGCUGGAAAGGGUCAGAGGUUGGUGUAUGCGUGCGCGAGCCACACAUAUCGUGUGCAUUCGCCCGUAACUAUAUGUAUACACAUACACGCGUGUAUAACAACGGGGCGUGCAGUGCGAAGAACGUCAGUCGAGCUGCAAAGUGAUGUGUUACUCUCUUCGCGAAGCCUGCUUUCGGAUUCUCGUUGGUUCAAGUGAAAAUUGUUGAAGCCCGCCUAUAUGGAAGUUCGACAGACUCAUCGAUGAAUUCCCAGAUUCAGAUAGAAGAAGGCGAUAAUGAAAGUGCUGGACUCGCGAGACUGGCAACGACGAGGUAGAAGUUACCGGCGGCGAUCGAUUCGAGGAUGAGGUGCCGAUCGACGAGGAGGGCCGCCGACUAAUGCUCGUUAACAUGCCGGCCCUCACACUCAUCCUUGCUCUUCUCGCCGUCACGCCCACCACCUAUGGACUUGAUCUUGGACAAUGCACGACGGCGUUGGGCAUGGAGAGCGGCGAAAUACCAGACGAAGACAUCACAGCGAGCUCGAUGUACGAUCCAACCCUCGGGCCAAAACACGCCAGAUUACGAAAAGACAGAGGCGGAGGCGCAUGGUGUCCGAAGAACAUGAUCACGAAAGAGGGAAAGGAAUAUCUCGAGAUAAACUUACGUAAGCCAAAAGUUCUUACGGAAACUCGCACUCAAGGUCGUUUCGGUAAUGGCCAUGGCGUUGAGUACACCGAAGAAUACUACAUCGAAUACUGGCGGACUGGAUUCACGGAAUGGCGUCGCUGGAAAAAUCGGCGUGGUAUGGAUUUGCUGGUAGGAAACGACAAUCCACAGACGGAAAAGGAGCAGAGCUUCGAUCCACCCAUCGUGGCUACCAAAAUCCGUUUCAUCCCCUACACAUCGCACAUACGCAUCGUCUGCAUGCGGGUCGAACUUUACGGCUGUCCUUGGACUGAAGGUCUUGUCUCAUAUUCGAUGCCUCAAGGUGUAGAGCGCGGCUCGGAGCUGGAUCUCACGGAUCGUACAUACGAUGGAGUUGAACAAGACGAAUACCUUACUGGAGGUCUUGGCCAAUUGACAGAUGGUCAGAAAGGACCGGAUAACUUUAGAGCAGACCUCAAUAACAAUGGUAAAGGCUAUGAAUGGGUUGGUUGGAGAAAUGACACGCCAAAUAUGCUAGGGCGACCCGUAGAAAUCACUUUCGAGUUUGAUUACACUCGAAACUUUACAGCAAUGCACCUUCAUACUAAUAACUUUUUUAGUAGAGACGUUCAGGUGUUCAGCCACGCGAAAGUCUACUUUAGUAAUGACAACACACAAUUCAAUGGCGAACCCGUGCACUUCUCAUACGUUCCUGAUCUUAUGUUCGAGCAGGCUCGUAACGUCACCAUAAAAUUGCACUCACGAUCUGGGAGAUUCGUUAGGCUGCAACUUUACUUUGCAGCACGUUGGAUUAUGCUCAGUGAAGUUAUCUUUGAUUCAGUUGUCUCAGAUUGGAAUAACAGCACCGAGGAAGAAGAUGUCAAGGUAAAAAAUGUGACGACAUUAACAACAGUGAUUCCUUCCCAUAACACGGAAGGGCCUUUUCAAAGAGAUGAAGUACAAGCAACAUUCAAUAAGGACGACACAAAUGUCAGCGUUUUUCCAGAUAAAAGUAAAGAACCAGAAUCAAGACAGCUUAUCGGUUUAGUAAUUGGGAUAUUAACGACUGUUAUCGUUAUGCUUUUGGCUGCCAUCGCUUUCAUCUUUUAUAGAAACCGAAGACUUAAAGCUGCUCUUUCACCAACGAAUUUCUUCAACCAACAAGGUGAACUAAAGGUCUCAGUGGAUGAAGGUUUCGCCGUGGGCAGUAGCGGCGUGGACAAGGGACCAAUUUGCCCCCCACUUCCGUUGCAGUACCAUCCAAGCGCUUACGCCACCACGACCACUCCGCAGCUUCACAAAACUACUGCCUCGGACUAUGCUGUAGUAGAAGAACCAGAGAAUCGUUCAGUCAUUCCACUACUGCUCAACACGGCGAUCAAUCUAAGCCGACCGAUUCCACCCGCAGCACUGGAGUAUCCAUCAGGCAAAGCACCGCCUAUUCCGCCACCACCGGAAAAGUAUUACGCCAGUUCGGAGAUCGGCAAGAGCCCACCGCUGCCACCAUUACCCGCAUCGCCGAAUCCGAGCUGCACACCGCCACCUCACAGUGGGAAAGCUUCCAGUAGUCUGAAUAGUUAUAGUCCUGAAGAUAUGAUGACUGAGGACGAUGAUGAUGCUGUUGCUGGACUACUUGAUUGUAUAAUAUUUGACUUUCCGCGAGAAAGGCUGAAUAUUGUUGAAAAUUAUGGAUCUGGUUACUUUGGCGAAAUACAUAUUUGUGAGAUCGAUCGAUUUCCCGGUUACGAUGAAGUUUUUAGAAAUACCACUAGCGAUCUUGUUGUUGUGAAGUCAUUGAAACCGGGCUCAUCGGAAUUAUUUAGGAUAGAGUUUAGAAAAGAAGCCAAAAGACUGGCGCGCAUCAACGAUCGCAAUGUCGUACGGCUGCUAGGCGCCAGCCUUGACAAUGAUCCCAUGUGUGUCGUUUUGGAAAAUUGUGAACUUGGAGAUCUUAACCAGUACCUGCAAAGUCACGUCGCCGAGACAACUACCGUGCAGACAGCAAAAACAUUGAGUUUUGGUACUCUGAUAUACAUGGCUACUCAAAUAGCAUCGGGCAUGAAGCACCUCGAGGAAAUAGACUUCGUGCAUCGGGAUCUCGCUACAAGAAACUGCCUCGUAAGCCAAGGACAUUUCAUAAAGAUCUCGGACCUCGGGCCAGGUAGAAAUGCAUAUUCGGCGGAUUAUUUCAAGAUUGAAGGUCGAUCAGCACUACCCAUACGCUGGAUGGCUUGGGAAUCGUUACUUCUGGGAAAUUAUUCAUCCAAAAGUGAUGUUUGGGCAUUUGCCGUGACAUUAUGGGAGAUCCUUACAUUUGCGCGUGAGCAGCCAUUCGAAGAAUUGCCCGACCACCGUAUAGUUGAAAAUGCAACUUAUUUUUAUCAGCAAGACGAGAGAAGGAUAAUCCUGCCACUGCCAAAGAACUGUCCAAAAGAAAUCUACGACUUGAUACGCGAGUGCUGGCAGCGCAACGAAACAAACAGGCCAAGCUUCCGUGAGAUACAUCUGUUUCUGCAACGUAAAAAUCUGGGCUACAAGCCAGGCAGCGUUAAUCAGCGCAAUGAUACUUGAUACAAAGAACUCGAAGGCUGGAAUUUGAUCCGGCUUUCUAUGAUGGGCGAGCUCAAUGGCAAUUGGUGGGAGCCAAGUAAUAAUGAAACGCUCCGUUGAAAGAAAAUAAUGCGCGCCGAACGACACUAAGAAACAGAAUAAAGAAAUAAAAAAAAUGGUGCUGACACAUUAGCGACAGCAAAACAGCAGCAGCUCGACAAUAACCGCGCGCUUCCCUACUCGAUGUGUAUAUGAGAUUACGUAGUUGUGUCCUCGAGUCGAUGUUCGAUAACGCGAUCCUCUCAGACCCCUGAUUUCUUCUACUUUCUUUCAGUCUCUCUCACCUUCUCUCACUGGCGAAGCCGCGAUGUAUUAUACGUGCCAUUGUGGAUGUGUCACUCCUUUUCUUCUCUCCUGUUUCGUUGAUAGUUUUGUGUUCAUACUUUGCGGAUUUGCAAUGAAAUAUUAAUUUUGUAAUAAUUUGACUACGCGUACGAUCAUUGUAUGUAAAUAAGCAUAACGUCAAUACGCUGUGAACUUAAAAAGAAAAAAAUAAUAUAGAUCGUCGACAAGAGUAAAUUAGUUUAGUGAGGUCAAGUUAAUUCAUUGUGUUUUGUACAAUAUGAUGUUAUGCAAACUUAUAGUUUGUAUUUUAAGUUUUAUUAUUUGUGUUAUUAGUUACGGUUAGUUCUAUUCAGUUUUAUACUAUUUGAUACGAAUACAAUACUACAAUAUUAAUAUGAACAUACACCAAAAAUAAAAAAAGUGGACGCAGCAAUUAUUGAACACUAUUUAUUGUUAGUUGGCAUUUCCACCGCACGUUUGAAAUAUAACUCUGUUAACUACCUUAUAAAUUUAUAAGAUUGUACCCCAUGUAAAUGA